AUGGCGGCGUCAAGCGGAGCAGGCGCUGGUGGAGGUGGCCGAGAGGCAGGUGGCAGGGGCGAGACCGACGGAGCGGAGGUCUGGGCGGCUGGAGCCCCGCGUCGGGGCGUGACGGUCACCCUGAAAGGCCAAGCCCAGUUUUCAUCCUUCUGUAAGCUGUCGCCAUGACCCUGACGAAAGGUUCCUUCACCUACUCCAGUGGGGAGGAAUAUCGUGGCGAGUGGAAGGAGGGCCGCAGACAUGGUUUUGGUCAACUGAUGUUUGCAGAUGGUGGCACCUACCUGGGUCAUUUUGAGAAUGGGCUCUUUAAUGGCUCCGGGGUACUGACCUUCUCAGAUGGCUCAAGGUAUGAGGGUGAGUUUGCCCAGGGCAAGUUCAAUGGUGUUGGAGUCUUCAUUCGACACGACAACAUGACCUUUGAGGGGGAAUUUAAAAAUGGCAGAGUCGAUGGUUUUGGCCUGCUGACCUUCCCUGAUGGUUCUCAUGGAGUACCCCGCAACGAAGGUCUGUUUGAGAACAACAAGCUGCUGCGGCGUGAGAAGUGUUCGGCGGUCGUCCAGCGGGCCCAGAGUGCCUCCAAGUCAGCCAGAAACCUCACUGCCUGACGUGGCGGUGUGCACAGCUCACGGGUAUUGGGUGAAGCAAAUGCCCCGUUAUUCACUGGUGGUGAGCAAACGCCCCAGACGUGAGAGGAGAUGAGAAGGACCACGGAGCGGAAGCCCUGUGAUGGGCCCAUUGCCUGCCUGUCAGGGGUUCGGUCAUAGAGAAGUCCUGAGGGUUCUGGCCCAGGCUCUGCAACACUUGCUUCCAGUCUGUCUUCCCUUUCUCUCACUUGUUGGUACAGACUCUCUGUCCCUAACACCUUGGAUACCCAGGGCAGACCUGCUGCUGCCUUCUACUUUAUUUCCUGCCAAGUGUUGCAGAAUCUCUUCAUUCUGCUUAUAUUUGGGGCAGACGAUCCUAACCCCAAAUUAGGGCGAGUGCUUUGUGCUACCCUGGAGAAAUAAGGAAACAGAUAAGGGUGGCUUACACAGUAUAGCAGUCCGUGAGAGUCAAGGCCAGAGCAAUUCUGUAUGUGAGCCCCUCCUUCGCUGCUGGUUGGUAUCAUGGCUCCAGGCCUGCCACUUUGUCUGACCAGACUGGUAUUUGUGUCUGCUUAUUCCCCCUGUGAAGGGUUUGGUAAGAGUGCUGUUUCUCCUCUCCCUUGACUUUACAAGCUGUCUUCCUCACCUGAGUUUCAGCAGAUAAUUUAUGCCCCAUUUAUGCCUCUCUCCGUCCUUAGACGUGGGACAGGAUCCCUUUUUGGGAUAGUCAAGAAGGAAACUGAUGUAACCAGUUGUCUCAUAACUUGUAUUUAUUCCUCACUCCAGGGCAAAAUGCAGACAUCUCUGGGCCAUUUCAGACCCUGUCAUGGAGUAAACUGACUCCUUGGGGAUGGCUAGGGCUGACACAGCUCCUUCCCCGUGGACCAGUAUGUCAGACCCACCUCAACCCUUGGGGUUUAGAUAGAAUUGGACCCAUCCUAGGACUGCAGUGAACUAAAAGAGCAUUUGGGUCUUUGCAUUUGGUUCACUGUAACUCUUCCAUCAGGCUUAGGUCAGAUCUUGACCGAUAGGAUCCCUGCACAGUUCAUCACGGGGGCCUCCAUUACCCUGUGACCCAAACACGCCACUCCCCCCAGCCCCUUGUCCUCACACUGAGUGUCUCCUCAACAGCAGAUUGUGGUGGAAAUCAUAGCUGUGUGCCUCUGUUUAUUCUCUGAAUUGUACUGUAGAAACAAGUCUUUAUGAGGAAUAAACAAAUCACCAGAACUGCC